AUGCCUGAGGAUUUCUCUAUAGAUACUUUCUUACAUGACAGUGUCAAAAAAGGACGAAUAUCAGGUGCGUUUCUUAGAUCCCAAGAAUUUAUAGACAUUCUUGACUCUUGGGAGGUAAAUAAAACUAAAGGCUAUGAACAGUUAUUCUAUUCCAGAAACGAGCAACUAAAGGUGAAUUUAACUAGAGAGGGUGCAAGGCUAUAUAAUUUGAGCCGGGAUAUCUUCAAUGAGGAGGAAGAGGUAUUAGAUGGUGUUAAUAUUGAUCUAACUACUGGCUACAAGGAUUAUAAAUUUUACAGUAGAUCAAGAUUUCCAGAAGAAGCUGUACGAGGUACGAAGUAUGUUGCCUUAUUAGAAUAUGAGAAAGUGAAUGGACCAGUAAGAACGAAUAUCAUAACCUCAAGGCAUACUCUUUUAGAUCUAAUGAUGAUUAUUUUCAAGAAAGAAUUCUUUUGUACCAAUUUAGUUCAUUAUGGUGGUCAAAUUUAUAUGGAAAGUAAUAGAAAAUCUCUGCCAAUUGAUAAGUCUAGUAUGACGGGAUAUAAUUUUGAAGCUGUCGUUACUGUUCAGAAUGAAGACGAUACCAAAAAGCCUUUUGUCUUCGUCCCUCUGAAAAGCAACGCAAUUAAAUACAACUCAAUGAUACUUCAUGAAUUUCCUAGCUUAGAUACCUCCAUUUUAGUGUCUUGCGAAAUUGAUGCUAUUAAACAGGAGUUUGACAAGUCUCAAGAAAUGACUCUUGAGACUGAUUCUCGGACUGAAGUUUUAGAAAACUAUAUUGAAUUAAAAUCAAAAAUUGGCAUUUCAAACUCAUCCAUAAUAAAAGCUAUUUUGCAAUGCUACGUGGCCGGUACUUCUGAUCUAAAGGUUGGAAUUCGAGAUAAGCAUUCAUCCUGCUUAAAAAGAGUUGCGGAAAUUGAUGUAAAAGAAUAUAUUCAUAGUAAAGGUUCGUUCAAGCUUAGGUAUUUAGAUAAGUGGUUGGCAUUCAUUUGCUCGUUUAUAAAGCUAUCAGUUCGUCGAAGAUGUAAGGGGGGAAGCAAAAGAGAGUUCAGAGUUGUAUUUGACCUGCGAAACGAUAUGUUGAAGAUUUUUCCAUAUUCUUUGAAUAAAGAUGAUUUAGAAAUAACCGUGCUACCUAAAUAUUUAGCUUGGAGAGCCCAAGAACUUGAAUCACGAAAUUUGAAAGAUAGCUUUGGAGCCAAGAAACACUGUAAAAAAGCAGACCUCGUUAAAGACAAUAAAGAAUAUAAAAGAAAAAAAGGAAAGAAGAAAAGGCAAGAAUUACAAAAAGGGAAAGAUGAUAUCAGUAAUAUUGAUGGGAUAAGUAAUGACUUAAAGUCCAUCCAUUUUUAA